AUGGAGAGACCAAAAGCCGUUCUGACUCUGCAGCCUGAUGGACAGAUAUUCAGUGGACAGGAAGUCACUUUCACAUGUGAAAUACGAGGACAUGCAGACACUGAGUGGAUGUACAACUGGAAUAAAGAUGGUGUCCAAAUAUCCUCCUACACUGAGAGCAGUAAAUAUUCAUUCACUGCUGUAGAGUCUCUCAGCGCUAAAUACACCUGCAGCGGACGGAGAAGAAGCGACUCUCAGACCUCAGAGACCAGCAACACUGUUACACUCACUGUGUCAGAAAAACCUAAACCUGAACUCACACCAAGUCGUGAAGGAGCUGUACUGAAAGGAAACUCCGUGACUCUGUCCUGUACACUGAAGCUGCAGUCUGCUGGAUGGAAGUUUUACUGGAUCAAACCCACACAGAGCACUGAGACUGAGACUGAAACAGACUACUACAACAUCAGCUCCGUUAGAGUCUCUGAUGGAGGUCAGUACAGGUGCAGAGCUGGAAGAGGAAACCCAGUCUACUACACACACUACAGUGAUGCACUCUGGGUAAAUGUUACUGGUGAGUGAAAAGUUUACAAAUCACUGCAAAACACUGGCACUUCUUAACAGACUUUAGAUAUUAUUACAUACGUAUAAACUGCAUCGUCACUAACCACUUAGGUAUAUAGCAGUUAAUAGAAGUAGAACUGUAUAUUAUUGAAGUGUGUUUGUAUCUGGGAUGUUAAAAUUGUUUCUGUAGAGAUUCCUAUAUCUGUGGUGACCAUAAAGCCUGAUAGACAUGUGUUCAAAGGAGAGACUGUGACUACUGCUACUACUACUACUACUACUACUACUACUACUACUAAU